GGGAAAAGUUGCUGUCAGUUACACAUCACUGGCUGUCAAUUGUCAUUGUCAUUCAGUUUGUUUGGUUUGUUUUCAAUGGCAUGCCGUCACACGAUUUUGUCGCUCAGUCGCAGAUCUUUAAACAAAAACUUCGACGAAAAUUGCUUCAGACCUCUCAGGCGGUCUGUAUCACUAUGGUCCCUAUCAAACUCGUACGAUCAUCUUCAUCAAGCACAUUUCUCAAAUGCUUGCUUAGCUGACCCUAAACUCACGCAUCAUCGAGAUUUCUUCAGUUUUCCUGGCUCGAAAAUAAGUAGAAGAAAAGAUUACAAUGGAAGGAAAUUGGUCGGUUUCUCCAUGGAAGAAAUGUUUGAUGUGGUCUCAGAUGUUGAAAACUACAGGAACUUUGUUCCUUUCUGUAAAAGAUCCGACGUCACCUUGAAGAGGGAUAAUUUCCUGCGUGGCAAGCUAGAAAUCGGAUUCCCUCCUGUGGUGGAAAGCUACACAUCCAAUGUAACUCUCGUCAAACCGAAUCUAAUUAAAGCGGAAUGUGUUGAUGGUAAAUUAUUUGACUUCCUAACUACCAGCUGGAAAUUCAGUCCGGGACUAGAAAAUAAGAAAUCCUGUGUAAUCGACUUCUCUGUUGCUUUUGAGUUCAAAUCCCUCAUUCACUCCCAACUAGCACACAUGUUUUUCAAUGAACUUGUUAGACAAAUGGAAAGUGCCUUCUUUGAUGAGGCCAAAAGGAGAUAUGGGAGACCCACCCUAACCACAACUAAACUACCUAUUGCCAAUGUAGAAAACUAUAAAAAAAUGUAAGGUUUGUAAGACUUUGGAAAAUCUCUCAGACUUGCUUGGUUGUUAGUUUCACAGAUAUCUCUCCGUAAAGGUAGUUAUCUAUCAAGAAUAUUUUAAAUGAGCCCCUAAACCACUUUUGCAAUCUCUUUUCAAUUCAUCCAAGAAGCUAUAUUGUGCUCUCAAAUCACUCUUUUUAAAAUGUUUAUCUUGAAUAUUUAUCUCCUUUUUUCUUUGGUUGCAUAUCAACAUUCUUGCGUAAAUGCUUCACAUAAAUUCAGUGCUACAAACUCUGGGAAUUCAUUUUGAAUUUUGGAACUUCCCCCGGAAUUAAUUCGCCGAGUCCAUCAUAAUCUAUUGAGAACAAAUGCCUUUGAAGUUACCCUUCUCCUUUUGAAUAUAAUAUUGUAUAAACUUGUAGGUAAGUUUGGCUGUGAAAAAAAUGAAAUGAAAGUAUUUGAGUAGAAAAUUUUGGAGACUUUAGUUUGAAUUUUUAGUUAGAGCAUAUCUAUUUGUCAUUACUUACUUCAUGACAAAAAAAAAAAAAUGAUUAAAAGAGCAGGGAAUCUUUGCAGUCUUAAGCUCACUAACAACCUGAUGAAUGGUACGUACGCGUUAUUUAUCUGCUCUCAGCUAGACAUAUGAAGCUCGAGUGACCAACUUUCAGCUGACCCUAAGUUUAGUGGUUUUUCAAUUUCUAAAAUCUGAUUGUUAACGAACAAAACCGUGAUAUUACUUUAAGCAACUUUCAACUCAGUAGUCAGCUACUUUUUCAGUUGAACCAGUAGUCUCAACAAAUCUGGAUUUUGAGUUUUUGGUUUCUUUUGAAUUUACUUCCUGUACUUUUUUCCGAAGUUCGAUUUUCCCUCAUUUUCUUAUUUUUAAGUAGAAAGGAGGAAGAUAAUUGACAAAUAAUUGACAAAUAUUUGAAUAUAAAAUUAGUCAUGCCUGCUGCAACAUUUCAAGGAAUUUUCUAAAAAAAAAAAAUUUAAAAAAUGAGGUUGGGGACAAAAGAUAGAAAAAAUCAUGAGUCCCAUUUCAGGUACGUUUACCUUUCUAAUUUGCU